GCUGCUCGGAGUUAUUUCCAACCGAAGAAUCAAGGCCACUGAAGAGAACUGGCUGUCAGAAGAGUAAUAGAACUAGAGAGCUGCUCAGAGUUAUUUCCAACCGAAGAAUCAAGGCCACUGAAGAGAACUGGCCGUCAGAAGAGUAAACACAAUCCUCUUAUCGCAGAGGAAUGGGUGGCUAUAAGAAACCAGCUCGGCUUUCAGGGCGGUUCUCAAUUUCAUUUGCCCUCUUUGGUAACAAAAUGAAAUUCUUCCUCCUGGCUGCUCUCCUGAUAGGGGUGUCUUCUACUGAAGACACCAGCUCCCGGGCCGUAUGGCAGUUCCGGCGGAUGAUCAAGUGCGCCAUCCCGGACAGCAAACCCCUGCUGGAAUACAACAACUACGGUUGCUACUGUGGCCUGGGUGGCAGUGGCACCCCUGUGGAUGAACUUGACAGGUGCUGUCAGGUGCAUGACAACUGUUACGACGAAGCCAAGAAACUGAGCAAUUGCUUAUGGAUCCUGGGCAAUCCCUACACCAACAGCUACUCCUACAAGUGCUCCGGCACGGAGAUCACCUGCAGCGAAAAAAACAGCGUAUGCGACGAUUUCAUCUGCAACUGCGACCGGACCGCGGCCAUGUGCUUCGCGGAAGCUCCGUACAACGAGGAAUACAAGAGCCUGGACACCAAGAAAUACUGCUCCACUCGUUAGGGGGGUCCCGGGGGACCCUCUCUUCCGACCGACUUCCUCACUGCCUCCAUUAAAGCAUCUCAUAGAAA